AUGCUUUUUACUAUAAGUCCACAGUUAUCUUUACAACAAACUUUAAGACCACGUUCCUCUUGUUUAGAGCAUUACUUAGCUGGUGAGGGGGGAACAUAUUAUGAUGAUGAGGUGACACUACCAAUAUCAACACCACAUUCAGAUAGUGAUUCUACAUAUUUUAUUAAAUGUAGAAUGCCAAAAAGUGGAGAAGGUUAUGAAAAAGUUGAGACAAUAAUAAGGAAUGCCCUGGAACAAUGGCAUCCUAUAGGAAGAUCUGAGAAACGUACAAUUGGUUAUCAAAUUAAAGAUAAAUAUUUAAUUGAUAAAAUUCUUCAAGAUUCCAGUACAUGUGAACAAACAAUAACAAUAGAUUGGACUGAAUGUUUAAAAAAUGAGUUAGUAAAAGUUCCAAUAAGAAAUAUGAAUUUAAAAAAAGAAAUAAGUCAAUUGAAUUUAUGGCAAGAUAUAAAUAAUAAGUUAGAUGGACAUGAUGAUGAAUAUUUUAUGGGAAUGGUUGAGGAUGACGAUUAUUAUGAUGAAAAUGAAAUAUUAUUUGAGUUAGUAAGUUAUUCUGGGCAGAAGAUAGGAUUUAGAAGACUUGACAGUGAAAGAGGUAUGUUUUAA